GAAGACACAAGUUCUAAACGAUUACUGACAUUCCUUUGCUUCCAGCUGCCCAGUAUGUCGCGGAAGGAUACUUCGUUGUAGAUGAUGAGACUGUUAAAGCAUAUAUUAGGAGCAUUCCAGGAACAGCAACUCUAGCUACUAAACGCACACAGGCUCUUGCAGAAUUGAAUAAAGAUAUUGUCUAUACCCUAACAGAGGUCAACAAUUUAUUGAGCUCACUCACUGCUAAUGGUGUCAGCGUUGAGAUUCAUCUUAGAAAGUUGGACAUUUUGACGACGAAUGUUUUUCCUGCCACCUCUCUAGAACAUGGUAUUGUUAACGGGAUAGAUCGCGGUGUCGCCUUGUCAACCUUCGAUCAUUGGCUUGCAACCCACAACUCAUUUAAUACGCUAAAAUAUGAUUUCGCCUUUUUAUGGACUGGGUAUGACCUUUAUGGAGGAACAGAUGACUCGACAGAAGGGUAUGCUCACUUGGGGGCAAUGUGCAACUCAAGAACAGCUUCAGGUGUUGGGGAGUUUAACAAGACCUACGCCACAGCAAUAACUACUGCCCAUGAGAUAGGACACAUACUAGGUUCAGAUCACGAUGGCCCACAAAGUAACUACAUCAUGGCUGCAGUCUCCAGAGCCUCGGCUAUUAACCGAUGGUCUUUCUCCAGUAUCUCGGCGACUGCUAUAAAGAAUUAUUUGGCAACUCUUACGAGUAACUGCCUGUUGACUACAAAUCCUGCUUCAACAAAACCAGCAGUCACUUAUGGAGCAUAUACUGGCCAUAUCCUGGACCCUAAUGUCAUUUGUCAAAGAGCGUUAAAUAUUUCAAACUCAUACAUGUGUCUAGACUGGAGUUUCUACAAUAAUUUAUCCCCAAGUGGAGACAGAAUUUGUUCAGUAAUACAUUGUAAGAAACCUGGCACCAAUUUGUGUUACACUGCAUUUCCAUCAGACGGUAUGGUCUGUGACACAAAUAAGAGAUGUAAAAAAGGAAAAUGCUUGCCAGACAGUACAGCUCCACAUAAUCUUAACUCGGUCUGCCUGUUUGGCGAUCAAAGGAAGCUGGAGUUUACAGACUUCAGUGGAACAUGCCAAGAUUAUAUAGCAAGGAAAGGAUCCUCAUACUGCUAUCAGCCGUUUAUACUUCACAGCUGUUGUAAUACCUGCAAAGCUCAUUAUACUGGUCGUGCAGGCUGUGAAUACGGCGAUAAAUUUCUAGGGUGUAACAAAGCUCCCAGGGAGCUAAUGUGUCCAACUAAUAUGGAUGGUUGCUGUGAAUACUGCAAAGGUUUUGUUUCUCCUGUAGUUGGCAGAUGAUCACUCGUGAAUUCAAAAUUAUCCAACAUUACUGCCCCUGAAUUAUUGUCACCUAACAGAAUAUAAGAUGAAAAUGAUAAAACAUUUUUUAACGCGAUUGUGAACUUUUGCAUUACAUGAUCAAAAU